AUGACCACCAGCCUGACCCAGAUGCUACCAACCAACAUGACCACCAAACUGACCCAGACGCUAGCACCCAACAUUACCACCAACCUGACUCAGACACAACCACCCAACAUUACCACCAACCUGACCCAGACAGACCCACCCAGCAUGACUACCAACCUAAACCAGGUUGGUCCCUUCAACAUAACAAACAAAACAAACUUGACUCAAACAGGACCUACCAACAUAACCCCAAACCUUACCCAAAUGGUUCCUCUCAACAUGACCAACACCAUUACAAACACAGACCCUCUUAAUAUAACUGCAAACCCGUCCCAGAUGGGCCCUUUCAACAUGACCACAAACUCGAAUCAGAUGAGCCCUUUUAACAUGACCACAAACCCAACCCAGAUGGGCCCUUUCAAUAUGACCACAAACCAAAUGAGUCCUUUUAACAUAACCACAAACCCAACCCAGAUGGGCCCUCUCAACAUGACCACAAACUCGAACCAGAUGAGCCCUUUUAACAUGACCACAAACCCAACCCAGAUGGGCCCUCUCAACAUGACCACAAACUCGAACCAGAUGAGCCCUUUUAACAUGACCCCAAACCAGACGGACACUAUCAACAUGACCACAAACCAAAUUAGUCCUUUUAACAUAACCAUUAACCCAACCCAAAUGGGCCCUCUCAACAUGACCACAAACUCGAACCAAAUGAGCCCUUUUAACAUGACUACAAACCCAACCCAGAUGGGCCCUCUCAACAUGACUACCAGCCUAACCCAGACAGGCCUUCUUAAUAUAACUACAAACCCCUCCCUUAUGGGGCCUCUCAACAUAACCACAAACCCAACCCAGGUGGGCCCUUUCAACAUGACCACAAACAUAAACCAAAUGAGUCCUUUUAACAUAACCACAAACCCAAACCAAGUGAGUGUUAACAUGACUACAAACCCAACCCUGAUGGGCUCUUUCAACAUGACCACAAACCAAAUGAGUCCUUUUAACAUAACCACAAACCCAACCCAGAUGGGCCCUUUCAACAUGACCACAACCCAAAUGAGUCCUUUUAACAUAACCACAAACUCAACCCAGAUGGGCCCUCUCAACAUGACCACAAACACAAACCAAAUAAGUCCUCUUAACAUAACCACAAACCCAACCCAGAUGGGCCCUCUCAACAUGACCACCAGCCUAACCCAGACAGGCCAUCUUAAUAUAACUACAAACCCAUCCCUGAUGGGCCCUCUCAACAUAACCACAAACCUGAACCAGAUGAGCCUUUCUAACAUGACUACAAACCCAGCCCAUAUGGGCCCUUUCAACAUGACCACAAACCCAAACGAGAUGGGCCCUCUCAACAUGUCCACCAAUCUGACAACAAACCCGACCGAGAUGGGCCCUCUCAAUAUGACCGCCAACCUGACCCAAACAAACCCUCCCAACACAACUGUAAACCUUCCCCAAACACCCCCUUCCAACAUAACCACCAACCUGCCCCAAACACUGCUGCCCAACAUAACUGUCAACCUGACCCAGACACUUCCUCCCAAUAUUACUACAAACCAGACCCAGACAGGCCCCCUCACUGUAACAAACAUUAUAACAACAUCAGGCUCCAAUACUCAGUCCCAAGACAUCACUAGCAGAGAUAACUGCAGGAAGGAUAGGGCAUGUUUCUCCGCUCCACCUUCCUGUAAUCCAGGUGCAGAAGGUUCCUGCUAUUUUCUCUCCACAAGGGGAGUAGGUGGAAAUGCAGAUAAUUUUACUUUUGAGCUCAGUGGUGAGACAGAUGGUUACAUUGGAGCUGGCCUCUCCCGAGACAGCAGUGGUCAGGGUGCCACCGUUUAUUCUUGCGCCAAAUUGAAUGGUGCACUGAGGUUAUUUCGUUCCACACUGAACAAUCAAAUACUGACACAGGAUAAUACAACGGUCCCUCCGAACCUGACCACCAACCUGACUCAAACGGGCCCCUUCAACACGACUGCGAACUUGAUCCAGACAUACCCUGCCAACAUGACUGCCAACCUGAACCAGACAAUCCCUCCUAAUGUAAACACCAACCAGACUCAAACACUCCCUCCCAACAUAACUGCCAACCAGACUCAAACACUCCCUCCCAACAUAACCACCAACCUGACCGAGACACCACCUCUCAACAUAACUGCCAGUCUGACCCAGACACCCCCUCCCAACAUAACCAUCAACCAGACUCAAACACUCCCUCCUAACAUAACCACCAACCUGACCCAGACACCCCCUCCCAACAUAACUGCCAACCUGACCCAGACACUCCCUCCUAUCAUAAGCACCAACCAGACUCAAACACUCCCUCCCAACAUAACCACCAACCUGACCCAAACACACUCUCCCAACAUAACUGCCAGUCUGACCCAGACACCCCCUCCUAACAUAACCGUCAACCAGACUCAAACACUCCCUCCUAACAUAACCACCAACCUGACCCAGACACCCCCUCCAAACAUAACUGCCAACCUGACCCAGACACUGCCUCCCAAUAUUACCACAAACCCGACCCAGACAGGCCCCCUCACUAUAACAAAGAUUAUAACAACAUCAGGCUCUAAUACUCAGUCACCAGACAUCACUGGCAGGGAUAACUGCAGGAAGGAUAGGGCAUGUUUUUCUGCUCCACCUUCCUGUAAUCCAGGUGCAGAAAGUUCCUGCUAUUUUCUCUCCACAAGAGGAGUGAGCGGAAAUACAGAUAAUUUUACUUUUGAGCUCAGUGGUGAGACAGAUGGUUACAUUGGAGCUGGGUUAUCUCGAGACAGCAGUUUCAUCCCUGGAAGCUUCAAAGGCUCAGUCAUCGGUAGAAAGAUUCAAUGCAUUUUCAAUGCUGCAGGUCUUAGCAGCACCACCCGUUCUGCAACUACAGACACUUUCGUCUUCCUUGUAACAGGGAGCAUAUCAAAUGGAUCUCUGGAUUCUCCAGUCAGUAGGCUGACCACAAAUGGUUCAGUGGACUUAAGCAACCCUAACAGUACGGAUAUUUCAGUAAUAACACCCAGUACAAAUGCCACUGCAUCUAAUACACCAGCAACAUCAACCACCACUGUGGCAUCUACAAACUUGACCCAGACGGUCCCUCCAAACAUGACCACAAACCUGACUCCAAUGGGCCCCCUCAACACGACUGUGAACUUGACCCAGACAUACCCUCCGAACAUAACUGCUAACCUGACCCAGACACCCCCUCCUAACAUAACCACUGACCAGACUCAAACACUCCCUCCCAACAUAACCACCAACCUGACCCAGACAUUCCCUCCCAAUAUAACCACCAACCUGACCCAAACAUUCCCUCCCAACAUAACCACCAACCUGACCCAGACACUCGCUCCCAACAUAACCACCAACCUGACCCAAACAUUCCCUCCUAAUAUAACCACCAACCAGACUCAAACACUCCCUCCUAACACAACCACCAACCAAACUCAAACACACCCUCCCAACAUAACCACCAAUCUGACCCAGACACCCCCUCUCAACAUAACCACCAACCUGACUCAAACACUCCCUCCCAACAUAACCACCAACUUGACCCAGACACCCCCUCCAAAUAUAACUGCCAGUCUGACCCAGACACACCCUCCAAACAUAACUGCCAACCUGACCCAGACACUCACUUCCAACAUAACUGCCAACCUGACCCAGACCCUCCCUCCCAACAUAACCACCAACCUGACCCAGACACCCCCUCCCAACAUAACUGCAAACCUGACUCAAACACUCCCUCCCAACAUAACCACUAACUUGACCCAGACACCCCCUCCCAACAUAACCACCAACCAGACCCAAACAAGCCCUCCCAACAUAACUACCAACUUGAUCCAGACACUCUCUCCCAACAUUACUGCCAACCUGACCCAGACACGGCCUCCCAAUAUUACCACAAACCCAACCCAGACACGCCCCCUCACUGUAACAAACAUUAUAACAACAUCAGGCUCUAAUACACAAUCACCAGACAUCACUGGCAGGGAUAACUGCAGAAGGGAUAGGGCAUGUUUCUCCGCUCCACCUUCCUGUAAUCCAGGUGCAGAAGGUUCCUGCUAUUUUCUCUCCACAAGAGGAGUGAGCGGAAAUACAGAUAAUUUUACUUUUGAGCUCAGUGGCGAGACAGAUGGUUACAUUGGAGCUGGCUUAUCUCGAGAGAGCAGUUUCAUCCCUGGAAGCUUCAAAGGCUCAGUCAUCGGUAGAAAGAUUCAAUGCAUUUUCAAUGCUGCAGGUCUUAGCAGCACCACCCGUUCUGCAACUACAGACACUUUCGUCUUCCUUGUAACAGGGAGCAUAUCAAAUGGAUCUCUGGAUUCUCCAGUCAGUAGACUGACCACAAAUGGUUCAGUGGACUUAAGCAACCCUAACAGUACGGAUAUUUCAGUAAUAACACCCAGUACAAAUGCCACUGCAUCUAAUACCACAGCAACAUCAACCACCACUGUGGUAUCUACAAACUUGACCCAGACGGUCCCUCCAAACAUGACCACCAACCUGACUCCAACGGGCCCCCUCAACACGACAGUGAACUUGACCCAGACAUACCCUCCGAACAUAACUGCUAACCUGACCCAGACACCCCCUCCUAACAUAACCACCAACCAGACUCAGACACCCCCUCCAAACAUAACCACCAACCUGACCCAGACACUCGCUCCGAAUAUAACCACCAACCUGACCCAAACAUUCCCUCCUAACAUAACCACCAACCAGACUCAGACACCCCCUCCAAACAUAACCACCAACCUGACCCAGACACUCGCUCCCAACAUAACCACCAACCUGACCCAAACAUUCCCUCCUAACAUAACCACCAACCAGUCUCAAACACUCCCUCCUAACAUAACCACCAACCAAACUCAAACACACCCUCCCAACGUAACCACCAACCUGACCCAGACACCCCCUCUCAACAUAACCACCAACCUGACUCAAACACUCCCUCCCAACAUAACCACCAACUUGACCCAGACACCCCCUCCAAACAUAACUGCCAGUCUGACCCAGACACACUCUCCAAACAUUACUGCCAACCUGACCCAGACACUCACUCCCAACAUAACUGCCAACCUGACCCAGACCCUCCCUCCCAACAUAACCACCAACCUGACCCAGACACCCCCUCCCAACAUAACUGCAAACCUGACUCAAACACUCCCUCCCAACAUAACCACCAACUUGAUCCAGACACUCCCUCCCAACAUUACUGCCAACCUGACCCAGACACGGCCUCCCAAUAUUACCACAAACCCAACCCAGACACGCCCCCUCACUGUAACAAACAUUAUAACAACAUCAGGCUCUAAUACACAGUCACCAGACAUCACUGGCAGGGAUAACUGCAGAAAGGAUAGGGCAUGUUUCUCCGCUCCACCUUCCUGUAAUCCAGGUGCAGAAGGUUCCUGCUAUUUUCUCUCCACAAGAGGAGUGAGCGGAAAUACAGAUAAUUUUACUUUUGAGCUCAGUGGCGAGACAGAUGGUUACAUUGGAGCAGGCCUCUCUCGUGACAACAGUGGUCAAGGAGCCACUGUCUAUUCUUGCGCCAACAUCAAUGGUGCACUGAAGUUCUUCCGUUCCACACUGAACAAUCAAAGACUGGCUCAGGAUAACACAUUCAUCCCUGGAAGUUUCCGUGGUUCAGUGAAUAGAGGGAAGAUUCAGUGCAUUUUCAAUGCUGCAGGUCUCGGCAGCAUCACUCGUGCAGCAACCACAGACACUUAUGUCUUCUUUUUAACAGGCAGUGUCUCAAAUGGUUCUCUGGAUUCUCCAGUCACUAGACUGUCUACAAAUGGUUCAGUGGACUUAAGCAACCCUAACAGCACAGAUGUUUCAGUAAUAACACCCACUACAGAUUACACCACUACAGCCCCAAACACCACCACAUCUAAUUCCUCUGUAGCAUUAAACACCACUACAGCCCCAAACACCAUCACACCUAAUUCGUCUGUAGCAUUAAACACCACUUCAGCCCCGAAUACCAUAUCAUCUAAUUCCACUGUAGCAUUAAACACCACUAUAGCCCUGAACACCACUGCACCUAAUUCCUCUGUAGCAUUAAACACCACUACAGCCCCGAACACCACCGUACCUAAUUCCUCUGUAGCAUUAAACACGACCUCAGCCCCGAAUACCACAUCAUCUAAUUCCACUGUAACAUUAAACACCACUACAGCCCCAAAUACCACCGCACCUAAUUCCUCUGUAGCAUUAAACACCACUACAGCCCCAAACACCACCACAUCAAAUUCCUCUGUAGCAUUAAACACCACUAAACCCCCGAACACCACAUCAUCUAAUUCCACUGUAGCAUUAAACACCACUACAGCCCCGAACACCACCGCAUCUUUUACCUCUGUAGCAUUAAACACCACUAAAGCCCCGAAUACCACAUCAUCUAAUUCCACUGUAGCAUUAAACACCACUACAGCCCCAAACACCACCACAUCUAAUUCUUCUGUAGUAUUAAACACCUCUACAGCCCCGAACACCACCACAUCUAAUUCUUCUGUAGCAUUAAACACCACUAAAGCCCCGAACACCACCGCAUCCAAUUCCUCCAUAGCAUUUAACACCACUAAAGCCCCAAAUACCACCGCAUCUAAUUCCACUGUAGCAUUAAACACCACUACAGCCCCGAACACCACCGCACCUAAUUCCUCUGUAGCAUUUAACACCACUAAAGCCCCAAAUACCACCGCAUCUAAUUCCACUGUAGCAUUAAACACCACUACAGCCCCGAACACCAACGCACCUAAUUCCUCUGUAGCAUUUAACACCACUAAAGCCCCAAAUACCACCGCAUCUAAUUCCACUGUAGCAUUAAACACCACUACAGCCCCGAACACCACCACAUCUAAUUCCUCUGUAGCAUUAAACACCACUACAGCCCAGAACACCACUGCACCUAAUUCAUCUAUAGCAUUAAACACCACUAAAGCCCCAAAUACCACCACAUCUAAUUCCACUGUAGCAUUAAACACCACUAAAGCCCCAAAUACCACCACAUCUAAUUCCACUGUAGCAUUAAACACCACUAAAGCCCCAAAUACCACAGCAUCUAAUUCCUCUGUAGCAUUAAACACCACUACAGCCCCGAACACCACUGCAUCUAAUUCUACUGCAACAUCAAAUUCCACUGCAUCCUCAAAUACCACUGCAUCCACUGCCUCUGGAGUAUCUACAGCUAAUAGUGGUACAACAAAUGAGAAAGUUACCAAGGACAACUGUAAGAAAGACAGGGCAUGUUUCUCUACUCCAGCCAACUGUGAUCCAUCGAGCUCAAGUAGCUGCAUUUUCGCCUCCACAAGAGUGGUGAAUGGAAACUCAGACAACCUCACUUUUGAGCUCAGUGGGGAUUCAAACGGUUACAUCGCAGUUGGCCUGUCUACAGACAAGAAGGAGGGUGAUGAUGACACCGUCUACUCUUGUGCCAAUGACAAUGGUGUAGCGAAGUUCAUUCGUGCCAGACUGAACAACUCCAUUCUGACUCCGGAUAAGACUUUUAACCCUGGAUCCUUCCGUGGCUCUGUGAACGGCACAAGGAUUCAGUGCAUUUUUGUAGCUGCAGGUCUCAGCAGCAACACCCGUGCGGCAAACACAAAUACUUUCCUCUUUUUCUUUACUGGCAACUUUACAAAUGGCACUCUGGGGUCUCCAGUCACACAAAUGUCUACAAAUUCAUCGGUUGAUCUAACCAACACUAACAGCUCAGACGUUACCAUAUUAACACCUAAUACAAACACAGAUAGUACUGCCACUAUUACCGUUUCUACUACUGCGACAACGACUACUACAGCAAAACCUGCUACUACAGCAGGGAGCAAUGCACUGCAUCAUGCUGCAUCUCAGGCUGCUCUGGUAAUUCUCUCAGGGAUCCUUGCAGUGCUCCUGUUGUAAGGAUGCUGCCGACACAUUUGCUUCCUGAAACUGGUCGAUGAGCACUGAACGUUUGAUGAACCCAACACCAAAGUAUAUGUAAUUCUGCAUAUUUAUAACUGUGCAAUAGUGCAACUCUGGGUACAAUGAAGAAAGGAGCUAAAAAUACGGGAAGAGGGGCAUUACAUCAUCUAUUUAAUCUGAGUGUUUGUGUGAGAGAUAUUGUGUUUAUGAAU